GCCCUCCUCGCGCCUCGGCGCGCGAGGCCCCGGCGAGGGGAGGGGCAGGGAGCGGCGGGCGCCCGAAACGGCCCUGGAGCUCGGAGCGCCGCGCGGGAGCAGCGCGAGCCCGAGGGGGCGGGGAGGCGGGCGGGCGUGCGCGCGCCGGGCGUGGGUGUGGGCGUGGGUAAGUAGAGCGGGCGCGGCGGCAGCGCGGGGCAGAGGGACGCCGGCUACCCUGGACAGCGCAUCGCCGCCCGCCGGGGUCGCCGCGCCGCAGCCGCCGCGGAUCAUGGAGCAUCUAAAGGCUUUUGAUGAUGAAAUCAAUGCUUUUUUGGACAAUAUGUUUGGACCUCGAGAUUCUCGAGUCAGAGGAUGGUUCAUGUUGGACUCUUACCUUCCUACCUUUUUUCUUACUGUCCUGUAUCUGCUUUCAAUAUGGCUGGGUAACAAAUACAUGAAGAACAGACAUGCUCUCUCCCUCAGGGGUAUCCUCACCUUGUAUAAUCUCGGAAUCACACUUCUCUCCGUAUAUAUGCUGGCAGAGCUUAUUCUCUCCAGUUGGGAAGGAGGCUACAAUUUACAGUGUCAAGAUCUCACCAGUGCAGGGGAAGCCGAUGUCCGGGUAGCCAAGGUGUUGUGGUGGUACUACUUCUCCAAAUCCAUAGAGUUCCUGGACACAAUUUUCUUUGUUUUGCGGAAAAAAACCAGUCAGAUUACUUUUCUUCACGUAUACCAUCAUGCCUCCAUGUUUAACAUCUGGUGGUGUGUUUUGAACUGGAUACCUUGUGGGCAAAGUUUCUUUGGACCCACACUCAACAGUUUUAUCCACAUUCUCAUGUACUCCUACUAUGGCCUUUCUGUAUUUCCAUCUAUGCACAAGUAUCUCUGGUGGAAGAAAUACCUCACGCAGGCUCAACUGGUGCAGUUCGUGCUGACCAUCACGCACACGCUGAGCGCGGUGGUGAAACCCUGCGGCUUCCCCUUCGGCUGUCUCAUCUUCCAGUCGUCCUACAUGCUCACCUUAGUCAUCCUGUUCUUAAAUUUCUACGUUCAGACAUACCGAAAAAAGCCAAUGAAGAAAAAUAUGCAAGAGCCACCUGCAGGGAAAGAAGUUAAGAACGGUUUCUCCAAAGCCUGCUUCGCUGCAACUAAUGGGGUAAUAAACAAGAAAGCACAGUAAAUGUCCAGUAACAGACAAAGCAUAUAUAAUAGCCUCACAGAUUCGCUUGUUUUAAAGCAAAGACUGAAUUGAAAGUUAUAUAUGUUUUAGCAUAAACUAAUUUCUUUUGAGUUUAUAAAUCAUUUGUACCCAGAAUGUAUUAAUAUAUUGCUAUUAGGUUAAUCUGUUAACUGAAUGCUUCCGUCAACAUACGUGUCGCCUCAGACACCGAACUCUGUAGACCUCAGAACUGGUGCGGCUCUGUCUCCUCCCCACAGACUGACCCCCUCACCAGAACCGUCGGUAUAACGCCUUAUACACGUACAAAGCCAGGAAACACGGAGCCUUGUUUUCCGAAGCCAGUCUUCAAAUAAAAAGUUUUAUUCAGAUUGAAGUGUUUAAAACAAAAUGUUAAUUACCUUUCUAACUACAGGGUGUCUUAAUCUAUAUUAAGCACUGCUCGCCAGUGUGUAAUCAGUCCAUUUGUUCCAUUAGGACCUGACCCCAGAAAAUAUGAAAAUGGAUUAUAAACGGAAGACAGGAGAAUCUAGCACAACUUUUCUCUCUUAAGGUAGAGUCUGUCAAAUUCCUACACUAAGUCUCAACUUAGUGAUAUGGUAAUGAAAUUUGUAUUUGAUUUUGACAAUUACUUUUCCUAAGAAGAAAAACUCUUCUGCCAAAUCCUCAUAGCUCAGGGGCUUCGGAUAGGAGUAGUUUCGCACUUUUUAAUUUGGUUUCCUUAGCUAUUCACAUAGUCCUGUCAACCUCCCAUGUUAAAUUACCCUAGUUUAGGUCGUAAAUGGACACCAUGAUCGGUUUUAAAAGCAGCAUCUGAAUCUGGCUGCCCGCUUUCUGAUUAAGGAAUCUUCCCUUCUCCUUGGAAGACUAAGCCAUUGGAAUAUUCAUGAAUCAGAGCAGUUGGGGCAAAAUAGACAUUGAAUUUGUCCACUCUUGUAUUAUCCCCAAAUACCUGCUGUCACUCUUUUCAGGUUAAGUUUUUGAAAACAGGAAGAAAAAGAGGACUAUGGAAAGAUCCCAACAUGAGCCUUGGGCUGGUAAUGAGCCACAGUGAAAAGUGCCAGUUUGGCAAACCCGGUAUGUCCUACCCCUGCCCAGGUAACACGAGUUCUCCUGAGAACAAGCACAAAAGUGGAGGAAAACAAAUUUUUUUUUUCCUCCCUAAAUAUUGGACUUUUACUACUAAAUUGCAUCAAGCAUGGAAACAAUAUGUUUUGAAGAUGUGAGGAAGAUUUAUACCCUAUGAAACUAAAAGACUUGCCAACUUUGACGCUUUUUCUUUCCUCUCUUCCCUUUAAAAUAACUUUGAGGUCAUAAUGUUAAGGUCAAACACGGAAGUGCCAGAAAGGCAUGCUCGCCAUUACCCAGUGUUCAAUCUGGGAGUGCUUCUCUGUCCUUUUUCCCCCCCUUGCUUUCUAGUCUGAAAAUUAUUUCCCCCAUUUAAAAAAGAGCACGGCCUUGGGGAUGGCAUUGCACACAGACACCAAUCCAAGUCUCCCACUUCCUGCUCGUGGCCACUACCCUCUCAGGCCCCGGCCUGCUUUGCGGAAGGUGACUGACCUUAGCUGGUCUUCAUGGGAAACGUGCUGUGCAGAUGCGUGCAUGUCACAUGUGGGCACUUGGUCCAUUUUUAUCGAACAGACACCACUUACUCUUGGAUUUAUUUUUCUAAGUUUUCUAAAGCUGAUUUUUCUAGGGUGCCUAACCCCCACUUCCUCCCAUCCCAUCCUAACAGUGUUGUUACCAGUAUUGUCCUCUCCCAGAAACCUGUUUCAAAACAAGGGCUAGCUUCCAGAGUUCUGUUAUUUCUCCUCUGUAACAAAACGCCAGCUGGACUCCAGUGCAGUUUGGGGUCCCAAACAAGGGCUGAAAUCGGUGACCAAAGUGCGUUCCAGGUAAAAAUGAGACAGAGGGAAGCCAGACCUCACUGGUCGUUCGUCGUAAGCAGCUUAUUCUCAAAUGUCAGUGAGGCCCUAAAGUCUCAGACUCUGCAUCACACCUGCAGUUUUGGUGACCUCAUGGACCCCAUACUGGCAGAGCAAGGAGGGAAGCCAGCCUUCGGCAGAAUGGCAAAGCCAGACAGCUGUAAGUACGAGGCAGUUGGAAACCUCUUAGAUCGAAGGGAAAAACAUGGGUAGUUGGUACUUCCAAGCUCAACUUAGAGGCGUUAGGAUGCUAUUUUCCCACUGGGGCUUUCAUUCUUGUGAAGCCGACCAAACACUUCUAGCCUUAAACCAUUCAAGGGCUGAUACAAGAGCUAUGAAGUCUUAGCCACAAAAACUGAAUCAGGUAAAUAUUUUAACCUGUCUUUAAGCGUUGGAAUU